UUCAUAUAUCAUUCUUACGAAGAGAUAAAUCUCACUCUAUCCCCAAAUCUUCUUCGUCUUCUCCACCAAAUCCAAACCCUAACUUCUCAAUUCCCCCAUGGCGAUAUCCACUCCAGCCGCCUGCUCCUCCUCCUCCUCCAGACUCAUCUCACCCCCUUCUCUCCGUCCCGCCAUUUCCACCUCCACCUCCACCAACCUCAAAACCCUAAACCUCUCCUCCUCCUUCCUCCCUUCAUUCACUUCCCUCUCCGUCGCCGCCUCUUCCCCUCACCCCCUCCGCCGCUCCUUCACCGUCCGCGCCGCUCGCGGCAAGUUCGAGCGCAAAAAGCCCCACGUCAACAUCGGAACAAUCGGCCACGUCGACCACGGCAAAACCACCCUAACCGCCGCCCUCACCAUGGCCCUCGCCUCCAUGGGAAACAGCGUCGCCAAAAAGUACGACGAGAUCGACGCCGCGCCGGAGGAACGAGCCCGCGGCAUCACCAUCAACACCGCCACCGUCGAGUACGAGACGGAGAAUCGCCACUACGCCCACGUGGACUGCCCCGGACACGCCGACUACGUCAAGAACAUGAUCACCGGAGCCGCGCAGAUGGACGGAGCCAUCCUCGUCGUCUCCGGCGCCGACGGGCCCAUGCCGCAGACCAAAGAGCACAUCCUUCUCGCUAAGCAGGUCGGCGUCCCCGACAUGGUCGUCUUCCUCAACAAAGAGGAUCAGGUCGACGACGCCGAGCUGCUUGAGCUCGUCGAGCUCGAGGUGCGUGAGCUUUUGUCUUCCUACGAGUUUAACGGUGACGAUAUCCCGAUUAUCUCCGGAUCCGCGUUGUUAGCUGUGGAGACGCUUACUGAGAAUCCUAAUGUCAAGCGUGGUGAUAACAAAUGGGUGGAUAAGAUUUACGAGCUGAUGGAUGCUGUUGAUAGUUAUAUACCAAUCCCUCAGAGACAGACUGAGUUGCCUUUCUUGUUAGCUGUUGAAGAUGUGUUCUCUAUAACCGGACGUGGGACUGUGGCUACGGGGAGGGUCGAGAGAGGGACUGUGAAGGUUGGGGAGACCGUGGAUUUAGUUGGGUUGAGGGAGACUAGGAACUAUACCGUCACUGGGGUCGAAAUGUUUCAGAAGAUUCUCGAUGAGGCUUUGGCUGGGGAUAACGUUGGGUUGUUGCUUAGGGGGAUUCAGAAGGCUGAUAUUCAGAGGGGGAUGGUGUUGGCUAAGCCCGGGAGUAUUACUCCGCAUACGAAGUUUGAGGCGAUUGUAUAUGUGUUGAAGAAGGAAGAAGGUGGGAGGCAUUCGCCGUUUUUCGCGGGGUACAGGCCUCAGUUUUACAUGAGGACGACGGAUGUGACGGGGAAAGUGACGAAGAUUAUGAAUGAUAAAGAUGAGGAGUCGAAGAUGGUUAUGCCUGGGGAUAGGGUGAAGAUUGUUGUGGAGCUUAUUGUGCCUGUGGCUUGUGAGCAAGGGAUGAGGUUUGCUAUUAGAGAAGGUGGGAAGACCGUUGGUGCUGGAGUUAUUCAGUCUAUCAUCGAAUGAGGAAUUAGAGUUUUAUCUGUCUACUUUGCUUUCUUUGUGUUUCCCCUCGUCGAUUCACAAAACUCUUUUACUUGUGUCAUCUUCUAUAAGAAGUUGAAAUCAAAAUGUCAUAUAUUUCUUGACCCCUUAUAUAUUUAUUGCAUUCUGAUU